AUGGUACAGAAUAACAAUAGCAAGGCUACGACAACGACAACAUCGUCAGCUAGACCUUCAGUUCAUUAUUAUUCAUCGAUCGAUGAUAUUGAACGUUUGUCAAACUUGUUGAACAACUCGGGUACAUCAGUGGAGACGGUGGACAGCGAGGGUCGAACACCACUCCAUCACGCAGCCUAUGGCGGAUCGACGCGAUGUGUCGCAUUCCUACUCGAGAAGAAGGGCAAUGCCCAUGCCAAGGACGGUGGCGGCAACACCCCAAUACAGUGGGCCGCUGCCAAGGGCCACUUGGAGUGCAUCAAGCUGCUGGUCGAGAAGGGCAGCGCUGAUGUCAACACCAAAGACGACAAGAACGGCACGCCCCUACACAAGGCUGCUCUCAAUGCUUCGUCCGAGUGUGUCGCCUAUCUCAUCGGUUGCAAGGCCGAUGCCAAGGCCACUACAGUCAAUGGUGAGACUCCCCUUCACCAUGCAUGUGCAGGUGGCAAUGCUCAGUGCGUCGAGCAGCUGAAUCAAAGCCGAUGCCAAARCGUAGAGUGUGUCGAUCUCUUGGUGGGCAGUGGCGAGAAUGUAAACUGUGUCGAUGUGGAGGGUGUGUCGCCCCUGCAUCACGCCAGCUUCAACGGCAACUUUGCCCUACUUAAGCGUCUGUUGGUGUUGGGCGCCAAGAUCAACAUGGUGGACGAGAUGGGCGAGACGCCCUUGCACAAGGCCGCCUUCAACGGACACAAAGACAUUGUCGAGCAUCUCCUCAAGCUGAUUCCAAGCGUUGACUGUGGAGACAUUAGACAAUCAACUCCACUACAUCUUGCAGCAUUCAAUGGUCUCUAUGACAUUGUUCAAGUGUUGAUAAACAAUAAGGCUACUGUCAACAUAAAGGACGAAGAGGGUGCAACACCACUGCACAAGGCAUCAUUCAAUGGACACUCGGCAGUUGCCAAGCUAUUGUUGGACAAUGGAGCGAAUAUUGGUCUGUUGGACAACCAAGGCGCGUCACCACUGCACAAGGCCGCAUUCAAUGGUCGUGUAAAGUGCAUAAACACACUGAUCAAGCAUGGCGCCAACCUCGAGGUCAAGGACAACCAGGGCGGCACGCCCCUACACAACGCCGCCUACAAUGGCUAUACAGAGUGCUGUCGUAUACUGCUGAAAAAGGGCUCUCUUAUCGACUCGCUCGACACUCACCACUCGACGCCUCUGCAUCUGGCGUCGGCUGCAGGUUCGCGCGAGACUGUUGAACUGCUCAUCUCUCACAAGGCCAAGAUCGACGUUAAGAACUGCGCAGGCAAGACACCACUAAUCUACGCCGUCAAGAAGAACCACAGCGACGUGGCUCGUGUACUCAUCCGCAGCGGUGCCGACCUACUGACGGUCAGCGGCCGCCAGUCUGUCGACUUGAGCAAAUGCUUUGGCACCACAAACAUUGAGGAGAUCAUGCAGCUCGUGAAGCGAGAGUCUCGCUCACUGCCUGCCGACGAGGUGCAGACCGCCCUCGACCAGCAGCUCAAGGACGACUUGGACCAGCAGCAGGAGCACCAAAGACGUCUACUGAUCAAGACGGCCGUGUCGCACUUCAACAGCCAUCCCAAGAAGGGUAUUGAGUUUGCCGUGUCGUCUGGCCUGUGCACAAAGACACCAAAGGACAUUGCACACUUUUUGCUCAGCCACGAGCAGCUCAGCAAGCAAAGCAUAGGAGAGUACAUUGGUGACGGCGAUGAGUUCAACAUCCAUGUACUGCACGCCUUUGUCGACGAGCUCGACUUCUCGGGCCUGGACUUUGACAUGGCGCUGCGCAAGUUCCUCAAGAACUUCCGUCUGCCAGGCGAGGCUCAAAAGAUCGAUAGAAUGAUGGAGAAGUUUGCCCAACAGUUCUACAAUCACAACCCAGACAACAAGAUCUUUGCCAACAACGACACGGUCUAUGUGCUGGCCUUCUCAGUGAUCAUGCUCAACACGGACGCGCACAAUCCCAACAUCAAGCGCAAGAUGACACGCAGCGAGUUCAUCCGAAACAACUCGGGCAUCAACAAUGGCGAGGACCUGCCCCAAGAGUUCAUGGAGAACCUGUAUGACCGUAUCAUUACCGACGAGAUCAAGAUGGAGCGCGACGGCCAGGCCGACGUCUACACCGAGAAGAAGGGCUGGCUGACCAAGCAGGGCGGUCGCAUCAAGACCUGGAAGAAGCGCUGGUUCAAGCUCACGUCCAACUGUCUGCUCUACUACAAGACGCCACAGGACAGCGAGCCCUGUGGAAUCAUCCCACUGGAGAACGUCCUGGUCCAGGUGGUCGAGGCCAAGAAGUUCUGUUUCGAGCUGCGCUCGUCACAGGACCAGAUGAAGGCGUGCAAGCUCAACUCGGACGGUACGCUGGUGCAGGCCAAUCACGACAACUAUUUGGUGAGCGCGGCUAACCUGGCCGAGAUGGAGUCGUGGAUACAGGCGAUCAAGAGCAACAUCCACAGCAAUCCCAACUUUGAACAGCUGCACAAGAAGAAGGCUGAGACGAUCAGAGGCAGGGGCAAGGUCACCAAGCCAAUCCAAGUGCGCAAGUCCACACUGAUCACAAACAAGCCACCACUCACGUUCUCAACGACUGCAUCACCAGGUAACUCUGAACAGCAAUCGAUUGGUUCACCAAUACCAAACGUUGUAUCAUCAUAA